GUAAGGGGGGGAACAAACGACUACCGGGAUCCCUGCACCUGCCGGCCAGUCUCUCAUUUGACUCCAGCGAGGCUGGAAGCGGGACAGAGAGCAUCUGAGCAUCUCUACGCAUCUCCUUUUCUUUUUACGGGAUUCUUACUUUCUUUUAAUCCUAAGGCUGUGCUUCGUGGACUCAUAUCCCUCCUCUUACUUUUCCUUAUAAAAUAUGACACAGUGGGCAUCUCUUUCCUUGUGUGUUUGAGCAGAUUUGAGGAAGAACAGGGUAUCUAUUUUUCUAUUUAACAAGGCGAUGAAUGAAUGAAGAGCACUGCCAGUGAAGUGUCCACGAUGUGUGGGUUCGUCCACCUGCCUGGGAAGGAAGCAUUGGGACUAUUUUAGCUAGCGAAUAUGUGAGAGCAUGAUGGAGUUUUUAACAUAGGCUGACACGCAUUAUGUGCGCAAUGAUCAGAGUAAAUCUCCAAACUAACAUCGCUGCUUUGUCAUCUGCUGGACAUCAAUGUCGGUGGCGUGAGGUGCGCUGCGCUUAAAGCUAACAGUGUCAGGAAAAACAGAGAUGAUAAAGAUGAUAUUGUUCCGUAAAUUCAGAGUCUUGAUACUCAUGGUGUUUCUCGUGGCGUGCACCAUGCACAUCAUGAUAGACUUGUUACCGAAGCUCGAGAAGCGUGCAGCCGGAGCGGAGAGCGGGGACAGCGGCUGUCAGUGCGCUCACCACCCGGGCGGGGAGGCGCAGGGCUGGGGGAAGCAGCGCGCCAGGUCGGCGGCUGAAGCGGGCUGGCCUAACAAACACACGCUGAGGAUCCUGCAGGAUUUCAGCAACGAGCCCAACUCCAACCUCACGUCACACUCCCUGGAGAAGAACACAGCUGCCGGGGACAGAGCCGAGUCCCUCCGGCAGGUUGGGGAGCACAAGCCGCUCAUCGGAGACGCGAGCGGGGGUCGGACCGUCCCGGCUCACGGUGUCUCCAGACUCUCCGCUCUGUUUGAGCAUCCUUUAUACAAGGUUGACCUUCCGCCUCUGACGGACGAUGACACUUUGUUUAACGUCAACACUGACAUCAGGUUUUAUCCAAGGGCGACAGGUAACCAGGGAUGGCACAAUGAAGAGGGCAAUGAGGAGGAGGAGGAGUUUUCUCCCACUGGAGAGGUGACUGCUGAAUCUUACCCAAACUGGUUACGCUUCCACAUCGGCAUCAACCGCUACGAGCUCUACUCCAGGCACAAUCCUGUGCUGGAUGCCUUACUGAAGGACUUGGUCACACAGAGGAUCACUAGCGUGGCCAUGAAAUCAGGAGGCACUCAGCUGAAGUUGAUCAUGACUUUCCAGAACUAUGGACAAGCGCUGUUCAAGCCCAUGAAGCAGACUCGGGAGCAGGAAACCCCUCCAGACUUCUUCUACUUCUCCGACUUUGAGAGGCACAAUGCUGAGAUCGCUGCUUUCCACUUGGACAGGAUCCUGGACUUCCGUAGGGUGCCCCCGGUGGCGGGCCGGCUUGUCAACAUGACAAGAGAGAUCAGAGACGUGACGCGAGAUAAGAAGCUGUGGAGGACCUUCUUCAUUUCACCAGCCAAUAACGUCUGCUUCUACGGCGAGUGCUCCUACUACUGCUCCACUGAGCAUGCUCUGUGCGGUAAACCAGACCAGAUCGAAGGCUCGCUCGCAGCCUUCCUGCCUGACCUGAACCUGGCCAAACGUAAGACCUGGAGGAACCCCUGGAGACGCUCGUACCACAAACGCAAGAAAGCAGAAUGGGAGGUUGACCAGGAUUACUGUGAUGAGGUGAAGCAGACUCCUCCGUAUGACCGAGGCACUCGGCUGCUGGACGUCAUGGAUAUGACCAUCUUUGACUUCUUGAUGGGUAACAUGGAUCGACAUCAUUACGAGACUUUUGAGAAGUUUGGAAAUGACACCUUCAUCAUUCAUCUGGACAACGGAAGAGGGUUUGGAAAACACUCCCAUGAUGAGCUGUCCAUCCUGGUGCCUCUCAGCCAGUGCUGCAGAGUGAGGAAGUCCACCUACCUGCGCCUCCAGCUGCUGGCCAAAGAGGAGUACAAGCUGAGCUCGCUGAUGGAGGAGUCUCUGCUCCGAGACAAACUGACCCCCAUCCUCAUCCAGCCUCACCUCCAGGCCAUGGACCGCAGGCUCCGGCUGGUGCUGCAGGUCCUGGCAGGCUGCAUAGAGAAAGAAGGUUAUGUUAAUGUGGUGGAGGAAGAUCUGGUCGACACAGCCACCCACAGGAGCCUGGGUCACAGGUAGUGAGGAGCGAAAACCGAGGAAGACGUGAAAAAAGAAGGGACUACAUCUAUGGCUGUUCGUCCAAUGGGAAAAAAAAGAUCCCACUUCUGAUAUCAAGCUGAAUUCAGUGAAUUCCGAGACUUGCCAUUAUUGCCUCUAUGGAACCUGCUUUUAAGUGUGUUUGAAUAGAACCGGUCCACAGAAACCAGGAGGGACUGUGCUACACAGAGGAUUUGUUAGAAACAGAUGUACUUUGGUCUUGUGUGAGACAUAAAAGAUCCACUGCUGUGUUCAGAUUUCUGUUUGUUUCAGUCACAUCAAGGGUUUGUUUUAUGUGUUUUAUGAUAUUAGAACAUAACCAAAUGAGAACUCUCACUGACUGGGCAGCAUAUGGUCAGACAAUAAGCUUUAUUACCAGAUUUCCAAAUGUAUAAACAGGUUGACAAAUUGUGUGGAAGAUGUUUUUUUUGUAAAGCUUGUCUCAGCUUCUACAAUCAGCAGAAAAAAUGUAACACCAGGAGAAACGGUGUUUUCUGUUUAUCUUAUAAGCUUUUUGUUUCAGCAGACACGGGACAGUCCGACUGAAAAUGUUAUCACAUACAUCUGAACUGCAUUAAUCUUGGUUUAUUUAAUGUUGUACUUCAAACAGCACCUUCACUUUGCCUUAUUCUUUUCCCCAGUCCCCCUGCAAGUCUAGCUGGCUCUACAUGCAGUGUAACAACACAAUGCUAAAAUCUGGGGCUAUGCUACAAAGCUGAAUUUACAGUUAGUGAGGUUACUUCAGGGUUUUAAGGACAGCUGCUGAACCACUGAACACCUUAGCUGUUCUAGAGUGGGUUAUGUUCGGGAUGAGUGAAUGCAUUGACCAAUCAGAUCUCUUAAUCAUGGAUUAGGAGGGUCGAAGACCAGCAAACAGUUUUUCACAUGAUUUUUCUGGGGUCUUCCUAAGGAUUUACCUUGUUGAAUCUGAGGGGUCAGAAAAACUUUAUUUACCCUGUAACAGGGGUGUUCAAACUACAACCCUGGCCCCCAGCCCAUUUCCUAAAUGGCCUGCAGCAAAUUUCAAAAAUAAAAUAAAAUAUGUCGUCAUCGUUUCUUUGUUGUAUUCUUUAUACAACUGCCAGUGGGUUCAAGUCAGCUCAAUACACAUCAAAAAACAUAGUCAUGGCAAAUUUUGAAAUGAAACAGGAAGUAGUUUUUUCUGAGUCUUAAAAUGCUAGUAAAGACAUGAAUCUCACCAGAGUGGUUUAAAAUGUGUCAAAAAGCUGUGAGGGAAUUAUAAAUAAGGUACAGAAAAACUGUUCACCCAGACUGUUUUUUUAAUCAUAACUUCAAAUCCCUAACCACUCAGAAAUUUGUUUUUAAUCUCAG